AUGAAACUUCCAAAGUCCAAGGAUACCGUCGAGAAAAUUUUUGUAAUCAAGGCAUCUUUGGCUAAUACCUGUAGAUAUUCCAAGUUUGUUUCCUUGAUUGAAGAAACAGUUGACCACACCACUCAACUAGUAUAUAGUGGUUUCAUUCUUGCUAAUCACUAUUUAUUGAAACUUCUCGAAAAUUGUGAAGAAUUACCUAUGGUUGCUCAAAAUCUGCUUUAUAACAUAUUUUCCAUCUUUGCUUGCCAAGGAAAGCAUGCAUCCGAUACAUCAAGAAGAGCUUCAAGGCCUUUUGUGAAUUUACUUCUCUUACUCAAUCUGACUUGGGCGAACACGCAAUGCAAGUCUUUAGCAAAGCAUAUCCUUCAACAAAAGAUAAAUCCCAAGUCUGCCUGGUCACCCAUUAUUGAUCGAAUUGAACGAUAUGAAGCCAUUGUCAAUAGCUUUCUUACUUCCUGA